UUGUAAUUAUUUCUGAAUUAAAAGUGCCAAUAAUUUUCAUUCUGUGUGACUGGCUCGAAAGGACGUUCUGGAUGCAAAUUUGAAAUCGUUUAAGUAGACGUAAACAGCUCUGGCAAUGUGUGCAUGACUUUGGACUGAAACUGUAGCACAAGGAAACAGACAUGGCAUAUAGUAUGUAUGUUUAUAUGGCCAUGACCAUGGUGUUCAUAGGAUGUGGUGCUAAUGUCUUCUUCUUGGAGCUUAUAGUGAGUGAAUAUCCUGGAAGUGGCAACAUUAUUACAUUCGCCCAGUUUCUUCUGAUAGCUGUAGAAGGAUUUGUUUUUACCUCUCAAUUUGGGACAAAGAGACCCGUUAUCCCUAUCAAGUACUACUUUAUAAUGGUGGCAUUCUUUUUCUCAACAAGUGUCGUGAACAACUAUGCACUCAACUUUAAAAUAUCUGUUCCUCUUCAUACUAUCUUCAGAAGUGGAUCUCUCAUAGCAAACAUGGCUCUUGGUAUAAUCAUCUUACACAAACGAUAUUCUCCUUCCAAAUAUGUGGCUAUAUUCAUGAUAUCAGCAGGAAUCUGUCUGUGUACCCUUAUGUCGGCCAAGAACAUAGGUAAUGAAGAUCAACCCAAAACGGAAGGAUUUGAUUCCAUGUCAGAUUUCAUGUUGUGGAUAAUAGGUUUGUGUAUGUUGACCUUUGCCCUUUUCCUGUCUGCUCGCAUGGGAAUCUUUCAAGAGACACUUUACAAAGCCCAUGGCAAACACCCCAGGGAAGCCCUCUUCUAUUCACAUGCAUUGCCUCUUCCUGGGUUUCUCCUAAUGGGUAGAGAUAUCUAUCAUCAUGCUGUAAUGUAUAGUGCUACAGAACCUAUUGUGGUCGGUCUUGGAAUAGCUAUACCAAAGAUGUGGCUUUAUCUAAUUGGAAACAUGCUUACACAGUAUAUAUGCAUUCGCAGUGUGUUCAUCCUGACCUCGGAAUGCCCAUCUCUCGUCACCACCCUAGUCGUCACCCUCCGCAAGUUCAUCAGCCUCGUUGCUUCCAUCAUUUUCUUCCAAAACUCUUUCACCCUGUUGCAUUGGUUAGGAACCACCAUGGUGUUUGGUGGGACCCUUCUUUUUACCGGUGUCCUCCAUCAGUUGAAGGAUGCCCUCUUUGUGAGACCACCACCUGCAUCUCAAGACAAGAAGACUGAUUAACAAUUGAGCUUCAUGGUGAAACUGUUCUUAGAUUUUAGUUAGCUUUAUGGUGUUUGGGGAUACCCUUCUUUUUACCGGUGUCCUCCAUCAGUUGAAGGAUGCCCUCUUUGUGAGACCAACACCUGCAUUUCAAGACAAGAAGACAGAUUAAUGGUUGAGCUUCUUGCUGAUUGUAGUGCCUUGUUUCCUGAACAUACUUCCAUUUUAAACCAUUUACUUAUGCUACAUAAAUACUGUACUUAUGUAGCAUAAGUAAAAGGUUUACAAUACAGUGGCAGUUAGUGCUGUAACCGGCAAGUGAAAACCCGAUCCGUACUGACCCUUAUAAUCCAAUGAUUUGCAGGCAGGACCCGCUGACCCGUUUGGUUGGAACCUGGGGUUAAUCAUAUAAUCUAAGUCUACCAUGGGCACUCACUCAAUCACAUGUGUUCACCAUGAUGUGAGUGAUAUCCCCACACUGUACAAGCUCACAUCUGGAAAAUAUUUUCCAACUAAAGUUGGAGUGAAAUCACUUCCAAAAUCACCGAUUUAACUUUAAUCCAGAGUUCUGGGAGUGACAUUGUACGAUGAAAUGGGUCUUCGUCGAUCUCGUAAGCAUUGAGCAGUAACUCUCAGAGCCAAUUUAAGAAUCACCGAUUGCAACAGUAAUUAUUACUAUUUACGAGUUAUAUGCUGGUACACAAUGUGCUGCAAAAACAAGCUCCUCAAAUUGGCAAUGAAAUAAUAAAAAAUCAAUGGAUAUCUUCAGUGGCAGUAUGUGUGACCUAUAUGGUAGGCACUUAUGAGGCUAGUGUACAUUGAGGCGGUAUUUGGUGAACUGAGCUCGCGGGCCCACACAAUGUUCACAAGACAAAAAUACCCCAUUUUUUUUUAAGGAAACGUAAGCAUCUCUACAAGAAUCUACCAUGUAAGAAACACAGUAUCUUGAGUAAUCCGAACUCAGUUUAUUCCGUUUGUGUGUUUUGAAUAUUUAUGUGUGUGUCGUGACUUCUCCCUUUUUCAUACCUGUGCUACAGCUAUAAUCUGCGGAUUUGAAAAUGAACUCGGAACUCAGCCGGACCUGCAACCCGCAUUAGGGGCAUACCGGCAGGUUUCACUGUACCACAAUGGGGUACGGUUUGCAAAACCAGUGCCAGUCCUUUACAGUUUAACCCUCAACUCUUUACGGAAUGCAGCUCUAUGGGCUUCAGCAGGUCUAUUGUUUGGUGCCAAAUGUUGACAAAGUGCUUACUCGUCUGAAACAUCCUAGAUAGUACACUAGAUAGUACUGUAUCAACUCACAUCCUUAAUUGAUGGCAUAAAUAUCUUGUAUCACAUGAUUACCUUUUGAACAUUAGUACAGCAAGAUUUCUAGUAUGUGAAAUAUAAAAGAUUGUAUCACUCAUUGACAGAGUUGGAUGAUAUUAAGGAGAAAUUAAACCAUUGUAAUUGGUUGAGUGAACAAAAAUAUUUGAUAUAUUGAAUACUGUAGGAGAAUACAGAAGAUAAUGUGAGUGUGCCUACAUCAGAUCAUUUAAACCACUGACAUUAUUUUGUGAAUGUCACUUUUCUGUGAAACCAAACAAAAAGUGAAAAGCCAUGCAAAAAUUUCUUAUGUUGACAUGCAGAUGAAAUUUAAUUGAUAUACUGAUUUAUUCAUAUGAACCUAUUGUUGGGAUGGACCUUGUUAUUUCUCUAGUGCAAAAUCAUGUUCUAAAGUCGACAGAAAUCUCUGACAGCAAAUAAGGAGAACUUCUAUUAUACCUUCAUGAUUAUGGUGGGAAGCCCGCUAGCUCAGCUGGCAAUUCUGAAAGUACUUUUAAGACAUCACCGUGCAUUCUCAUAGGAUUGAGCACUUAACCUCAAAAGUGUCUUGGUCGGGUAGGAAUGAUUGCUGAAAAUAAUUAAUCUAAUUAAGAUUUGUCAAUUUAUGUAUAUUUUUCCAAUUAAAUGGGUAUGAAAGCAUAUGCAGUCUACCAAAAACAUUAAUAUACAUAUAACCAGGCCCCUCUUCCCGCCGACGGUCUCAUCACUGAGGCAGAGUUCUUUUUCUGAUAUGUUCUGCUAACUCUCCAGUCUACCGUCGUCGAGGAGGGGGUCGGCUAGUGUAAACAAAGACCACAACAUUAAAUAAAUACAGACAAUGACGUUUAUAUAUAUAGAUUAUUCUUGGUUCUUUAAUUUUAAAUAUUAAUUUGAAGUUGCCAGGGGAAUACAAAUAAUUCCAAUUGCUUCUCUUUAACAAUAAUCAAUUAACAUUAAAAGUGAAAGGGUGUUAAAUAGUUUUAGAAAGAAGAAACCUGUAUUUUCGGAAGAUGGGCAAGGCCUUGUAGCAGUUCAGUCUAUAAGAAUGUUCAGUCCUCCCAUGCAGCUGUUUUCCGCAGUCGUGUCCUAGCUCUCUGCCACACUCGCUGUCUUUCCUCCUAAUUGUAAAUUAGCAUACAACGCUCUCCGAGUUCUCCUCUAGUAUUAUCCGCAACCUCAUCCUAUUUCUAGAAGUUGUUGUAUAUCGUCGAAAACGAAGUAGAAAAAGAGAUGAUAUGUAUUCAGCAGGUGAGGUACGAUGGGAUUAGAUUCUGAAGAAAGAUUAAUUCUGAAGACAAUUAGUUCUGAAGACGAUUAAUUCUGAAGACAUAUAGUUCUGAAGACAAAUAGGUUCUGAAGACAAUUCUGACAAUUAUGGUUGAAAAUGAAUUCUGAUGAUAAAUGCUAGAUUCUUGCUGGAGGGGAAUGAGGUAGAAUUCAUGUCUCUUAUUUCUCUGUCCUGUAUUUCUGCCUGUUAUUUCUCCUAUUUCUUGAUUGGAAUGGGAUUUGUUUCGGUAAACAGAACAUCAGGUGUCUAAAGAUGGAGUAUAUUCAACCCAGUAAUUAAUUUCUUUAUAGUAAUUCAAUUCUCUUUGAUCUUUCUUGUCUGCCUUCUUUUGGACAGGUGACAGAACCUGGUUCACCUUGCCAUAAACUUUCUUUUUUUUUAAUUCUUUAAUAUUAUUGCUAGCACCCUAGGAACACUUUUUAGAGUACCCUAGGAACAUCUUUUUUAAUCCACUACAUACAUAAAAUAAAUUUUGAUUGAUGAAAUGUAUAUACUUUAAAGUGCCUAUUGAUCACCAUGAUAAUUUUUCAUUACCAUGUGCAAUGAUAUUCAUAUCUGACAUUUCUUUGCAUUAUCCUUUUGUUGUUCCUAUAACUGGUUUGUUUCCUCAGUUGGUAGAGAGUCUGUCUCACUCUCACAACCAUGGGGUCAGGAAUUCAAGCUCCUGCCGCCUCGGACGUUAAAAAAUGGGAGUUACUUGGAGAAUGUUUAUGGUUCACCAUGUGUAAUAUGAAGAAGGGAAAGGAAAAACAGGCAGAAAAUUGAAAUGUAAAGAUGAGAAAGGAUGUAAAGAGGAAAUUAGAGGUAUUCUUUUCUUGAAAGUGAGUGAAGUCCUGAAUAGGACUGUAAACCAGAUGAUAUGAGCUGAAUAUGGCUUGAGUAGCGAUGAUUUGAGUAGUAGCAGGUUGAAGUGAAGAGGGGUUGCUCAACGUUUUGGGCAGGUUGACUGUCCUGUCUUGAGGAGUCUGGGAGUUGUUGCAACCCUGUUUAGUGUUCAAUUAUUCAAGGGAUAGAAAAAAGCAUCUGGCGCUGCACAGUGGCUUCUUGGCCCAUGAUUAAUUGGGGAAAAUGAAUUUUCAGAGUAUUUCUAUUUAGAUUUCUAUUUUGUGCACUAAAAUAUGGAUGUUUAUUUUUGUAUGUCAGAAAUAACCAAAGUGUUUGCCAGUGUGUAGUGAUAAUUUGGUUAAGUAUGAUAAUAUUUGAAACUCAAUGGACUUACUACUAUUUUAUUGAAAUUAUAAGCUUUUUUGACUGCUUUGCAUGUUUGUUAGUGUUGCAUAAUGUCUACUUGGGUGAACAGGCAAUAAGUAAACUUGUGAGAUGAAGGUGACGAUUUUAGGGUUAAAGUCUGACAUUCAUGAAUCAAUGAGUCAAUUAAAUUAUUUUUUUCUACAACAUCUAGUGCAAACUUAUUGAUUUUUCAUAAACAGAAGCUUCUAAAUAUGCAUCAAAUCAGUUUGCUUUAAUUAAUGAUAAAUAUUGUAUUUGAUUUUUGAAUAUUGUAAUCUGAAACAUGAUGAAAGGCUAAACUGUAUUAUAUUUUAGUAUCAUAUCAUUGAGACUCGCAAACACAAUCCAGGUGAAUGGGUGCUUUUUAAAAAAAUUAUUUCUUUAAACACAGGAGUGUGUAGCAGGUGUGUUAAUUGCUCAAUAGACAGGGUAAUUAUGAUGCAUCAUUGUAAAGCCUUCAGGUAUUUCUAAUAAAGCACUAUAUAAGUAUUAUUAUUGAAGAGAGAAGGAAAAAAGACACCCCAGAGAGAGAGAGAGAGGAAAUAUUUGAAUUAUCAACUUUUAACAUGGUCUACGUACAUGUAUGUGUGUGGAGUGACAAUGACCUGUUUUAGGAGUAUCAAGGUCAAAGGUAAAAUAUUACAGAAGUCAUACUUUGAAAUAUCUUGUCCUCACCAUCACUAUCAAACCAUUUGAAACCAGUGUAAUUUGGUUCGGUGUCAAUGGCUUUUCAAUACUAUGGUCAUGUUUGAUGAAAAUUGUCAUCAAUGACAGGUGCUGUAAAAAGACAUUAAAAUGAUAUAAAGACUCUAAAAGUGUAAAUGAAUUCCAGAAUUCUUAUGUUGAAUAUGUGCAUGAAAUGGGGCCCUGAAAUACAUUUUUGAAUCAGAAUUUGUAAUGAAAUUUUGUGUAAUGCACAUUAAAAAAAAUAGUUUUGUGUUAAAUCUAAAUUGAGAAGCAUUUCAGUUAUGAAAAAGGGAUGUUGAAAGUAAUUCUUUGAGAAUUACAGUACUCUUGAAUCAACCAUUCCAUGUUUUAGGUGUAUGUAAAGCUCAAUAGUUUUAUGUGCAAUGUACAUGUAGUUUGUGUUUGUGUGUAUGAAGCAACUCCUUACUUCCCCCACCAAAAUUGAUUAUACUUGUCUCAUUGCAAGCCUGGCUUAUUUAGCAUAUGGGCUAUUCAACCAAAAAUUGUUUUUGAUACUUUUUUGGUUUUAUGUAAAUGGCCCAGUUGGAAGUAUUUUCAUGAAUGUGCAAAGAAAAUUGGAAUGAAAGUAUAGCUCAUAGAAUGGGUAGAUUUUAAUGGUAUUGAAAGAUGAAUACAUGAAGGAAUACAUGUUACAAAUAGUCACAUUACUGAAAAAUUUGGGACCAAAAGUGCACUGACCAUCUGAUAUUUCCUAUAUGUCUUGCUUGAAUUAUAUGGACGGAUGGACAGACAGACAGAUAGAAAAUAGAUAGGGUAGAUAGAAACAUAGAUAUAUAGAUUGAUAGAUAGAUAGAUGAAUGGUUUAUUGUGACCAAUGCUGAAUUUUUAUGUAUUUUCAAGGUAAUAAUGACACAAAUAUUACGAAAAUGGCGUUAUGGGGAAAAUAAAUCACACAACUUAUAAAAAUCAAAACUUUAUAAAUUCAAUUUUUUUCAUUUUUUUUCCUUUAAUUAAAACCAUCUCAUCAGGAUGAACUUCCUCUUGAUGUGGUAUAUUUGUAUUAUCAAUGUCACAAUUCACAUUUGUAUGCAUCUGCCCACUGGGAACUGAAGGCAUUAUGUUCUUGGGUCAUCCAUCCAAACCUUCUUUUGUUCUUGUGAUGACUAAAGAACCAUUUGAUAGAUCACCUUUAAACUUGAUCCAAGAAAUAGAAGUGAAGUUUUGAGGGUAAGGAGGUCUAAGGUCACAGACGUCAUUACAUACCUGAAAAUAUUGUUUUGGGGGAUGUAUAACAAGUCAUUUGAGGUUAAAGGUCACAGCAGUCAUUACAUAAAUUAACACAUCUUAUUUUACAAGUGAUCAUCACCAAAUAAUCAAUUGAGGGAUUAAACAAUCUUACUUGACUCAUGUAUUUGGAAAGUCAGUGGUCUGGGGCCCGUUGCAGAAAGACUUGCAAUCAAACGCAACUGAAAAAAUCUUGCACAACUUGAUUUUCAGCCAAUGAAGCACCCCGUAUUUGGGACUUGCGCUUGAUAUUUUGACUUGUGUUCAAAUGCAACUCUUUCUGCAACAGGUUUGUUUUGUGUGUCACAAGGCCAAAGUUUAAAGGCCACAAAGUUCAUCAUUUUGAAA